GCAUGGUGCAUGAUGCGAUGAUUGAUGCUUACCUGCCGCAUGGGUUGAUUGCCGUUCUUCUUUCAGAUUGUUUGCAGGGCCAUGAUGACAUUCCCAAGGAAAUCACUGAACCUGAUGCAACGAAGCCUGAGGACUGGGAUGAUGAGGAAGAUGGUGAAUGGACAGCUCCAACCAUCCCAAAUCAUGAGUACAAGGGACCAUGGAUCCAAAAGAAAAUCAAGAACCCUAAUUUCAAGGGCAAAUGGAAGGCACCUUUGAUCGACAACCCAGAGUACAAGGAUGAUCCUUACAUCUACGCUUUUGACAGCCUGAAGCACAUUGCCAUUGAGCUGUGGCAGGUUAAAUCAGGAACUCUGUUCGACAACAUCCUGAUCACUGAUGACCCCGAGUACGCCAAGAAGUUCGCGGAGGAGACCUGGGGCAAGCACAAGGAUGCUGAGAAGGCUGCCUUUGAUGAGGCCGAGAAGAAGAGGCUUGAGGAGGAAUCCGCAAACGCUAAGUCCGAAGACAACGACGAUGCAGCUGAUGAGGAUGAUGGCAAAGCUGCCGGCGCCGGCGAUGAGGAGAACAAGGAUGCCUCCGGCGAUGAGAAGGUGGAGGAAAUUAGCAAGGAUGCUUCUUCUUCUUCCGACAAGAAGGACGAGCUUUAGAGUGUGGCAGGCAGGCUCUGUAUCUAAACUUUUUCCUCUUGAGGCAGUAGAGCUUCCCAUUCAUCAAUUGGAAGAACAUUUUCUCUGAAAGAUGACAGAAGGAGUAAUGCAAUCUCGGCUCUUGUAAUUUGUUAUGUGUUUUUUGUCGGUCAUAGGAAAUAUACCGUAGUCA